UAAAGAGAAGCAUUAAAAAGUUUAAAGCAGCCUUGUUUUCAAUAUAAGGCACAACAGCAGAUAAAUAUAUGAAUAGUAGAAGAACAAAGCUUUACUCGUAUGUGUGGCCUGUCAGGUAACAUCUGGGGUAAAGAAAAGUCAGAAGGAAGACAGCAGUGUCCGUUUUGGAAGAUAUGACAAACGCUAAACAUUAAGUUAAAGAAUCAUAAGAAUCUGAAGGGAGUGAGAGGAACAGUACUCCAGAGGCAGGUCACUCCUGUUGAGCACCAAGAGCAGGAGCGGCUGAGGGCUGCAAUGAUCAUCCUAUAGAUGCCAUUGAACCGUGGUUUGGUUUAACAGUACAACAGAGUCAGGCUUUCGACAUCUUAGCGGGUUCUGGCCAAUGUGGCUGGGACGAUGGCCUAGAAGGGUUGACUUCAUUCACUGGAUUCUCACCCCAGCUGAGGAUGGUUAAAGAUGCAAUCUACAGCGAUGCGCAAUGCAACCGUCUUUGUGUCAGAAUUUGUGCUGCACUGUGAAGUCACAUCGGAAAUUCGAAACUUUACUGUUGUCGCUCUGGCCAUCGUUUAUCUGGUGACCCUUGUUGGAAACACCUUGGUCUUACUAGUAAUAAUCCUAGACCACCAUCUCCAAACCCCUAUGUUUUUUUUGAUUGGUACCCUGGCUGUAUUAGACUUGCUACACAACACUAACUUGAUCCCUAAAAUGAUGGCUCUUCUCCUGUUCGACACUUCUCCAAUACCUUUUGGCGCCUGCUUGGUUCAGAUGUUCCUGGUCUUUCAUCUUCAAAUAGUGGAAUCCUUUCUCUUCACUGUUAUGGCAUAUGACCGUUAUAUCGCUGUUAUUCUCCCAUUGAGAUACCCUCAACUUGUAAAUGGCAGAACUGUGUGGGCAGGUGUCAUAUUAUGCAACGUUCUCUCCGGCAUGCCAAUGACGGCAUAUUUGAUAUUCGUCCAUGAACUUUCUUUUUGUCGCACUAAUGUCCUGCCUCAUUGUUUCUGUGACUUUGCAAAUAUGGUUAUGAUUUCCUGCACUGAAAAUUCUAAAUACUUAAGUUUUCUCUCAACAAGCACAACCACACUUGGUUUUGGAACUUUGGCAAUAACCCUCUUUUCUUAUGGCAGGAUUGGCCAUGCGGCACUUAAGAUUUCAUCAGCAGAAGGCAAGGGAAAGGUCUUCGAUGUGCUCGUCACACACCUGCUUGUGGUAUUACUCUUCUAUUUGCCGUUGCUGACUGCUUUCAUUUUACCCGGAGUAGGAAUAAUACUGUCAACCGAAGCCUUCAACACUUUGGUUAUAAUUGGUACUAUUGUGCCCCCAAUGAUCAAUCCUAUUAUCUACAGCUUUAGGAACAAGGAAAUGAAAAAUGCAAUAAAGAAACUAUUCACGGGGAUGAGAACAACUCCAGGAAUCGACGAACAAAAAUGACAUUGGAAAUGAAGUUUUUAGAGGAAAAGUUGCACCAAAUGUGAAUUAGAAAUUGAAUUCAUAAACAGGAACACAUUUGUAAAAAAUCAUGGUGAUGAUGAAUAUUACUGAACCUCAUCAACUUUUAUUACAUUAUAUGCAUUUUUUAGAAAUUCUCUGUUCCAUUAAUGCACAAUCUGUUAGUUAGAUUUCAAUAUUCAGUGU